ACUGAGCUCAGAUCCACAUCAGAGAGAGAGAGAGGAGAGAGAAAAACAGAGGAGGCAGGGGGAGAGAGAGGAAAGAGUGGCAAUGAAAGGAAGGGGGAAGAGAGAGAGAAAGGGAGGAGAGAGAGAGGGGAGAAGAGACAGGGGGAGAGGAUGUCUCUUCCGAACUUCCCAAUCCCGAACCUCGACACCACUCUGCAGGAAGCUGGGCGGGUGCUGGGGCUGAUCCUGCCCCUGGAGGAGUUCCAGAGAUACCAGAGCGCCCUCCGGAGGCAGGAGGCCGAACUGCAGGAGAUCCACGUCCGAUUCACAGCCCGGGCGACCGGCCGGGAAAACUGGGGAACGGAGGAGUUUAAGAGUCGCCUCCUCUCCUGCCCCAACCCCAUCCCCACCUCCACCGCCCUCCCCGUGCUCCUGCAGCCCUCCGCGGUCCAGGGGACCCCCCAACUGGAGGGGGGACCCCAGCUAGCCCGGGCCGCUGCCCUGCUCUGGGCCGCGGCCAAGAUCCACAGCGACCCCCGGCUUCUAGAAGGAGACGCAGCGCUGGAGCAGACCCAGAGAUCAGAGCUGUUCUCAGCGUGCAGAGAGCCGGGAGAGACCAGGGAUCAGAUCAAGAUCUACCCUGACAGUCUGCACGCAGCCCUGCUCUAUCAAGGCUCUGCGUUCCCCCUGCAGCUCCUGUCCCAGGCUGGGGACCCCCUCCCGCUCCCCCAGAUCCACAGCCAGCUGCUGGGUGCCGUGAGGACCCCUCCCGGGGCGUCCCUGCCGCUGCCUGCUUCCCCGUGCAGCCUGACUGCCCUGGAGAGACCUGUCUGGCACGCUCUGCGAGAGGACCUGCUGUCCCGGGGGGCGGGGGGGUCCCUGAGGACCCUGGAGAGCGCUGUGCUGGCGCUGGCGCUGGAGGACUGUCCCUCCCCGGACCCCCGGGACCCCACGGCCGCGCUGACGAGCAUCCGACUGGGGAGCCCCGAGACGAGAGGCAUGAGGCACUACGACAAGGUGUUGAAUCUGGUUGUGUUCUCUGAUGGUUCAGCGGGGCUCCUGUUUGAACACAGUGCGGUGGACGGCAUGGUAGCCGGGCUGCUGGCUCAGGCGGUGUGGAGCCUCUCCGAGGAGGAACUCCGAAAACAACCCGCCCCUCCAGAAACGACCGCCCCCCUCCCCCUGGUCCAGCCCCUGGAGUUCUCCCUGGAAGCCCCGCCCAGCCCCCGCGCCGCCCCCCCCUCCACUCGCACCUCCUGCUUCGAGUACCGCCCCGCGUCGGACGUCCUGCCUGUGCUGAGGGGGUCCAGGGGGCUGCUGGACGCCUGGAUCACCUUCUCACUGCAGCUAGGACUGAAGCGAGCCUUCAGCGAGGAGGAGGAGGGGAGCGGGGCCUUCCUCAUGGUCACCCCCACCCACGUGAGGCACUUCAAACACGGGCGCUGUAACCCCACCUACAGCCUGAGCCGGGGGUCCCUGGAUCUGCUGGGGGCCCUUCUCUCGAAGGAGGAGGAGGAGGAGGAGGAGGGGGAGACUCGGCUGCUCUCGCUCUUCUCUCGGGCCCUCGCGGAGCACAAGAGCCUCAUCAAAGCCACCAAGAAGGGCCGCGGGGUGGGGCCCCACUUAGCAGCCUUGCGAUGCAGCCUGGGGGAGGGCAGCGAGCUGAAGGGGUUCCUGGACCGAUUCGGACGCCCCUCGGUCUACCUGACGGGACAGGACUUGGUGGGAGGCGUGGACAGCGCCGUGGGGAACGUCUACGCUCAAGACCAGCUGGCGGUCACCUACCUGGGAAAGGAAGACAAGGUCUGCCUGGCCAUGUCUGGAAAAGGAAGCUUUGCCCGCAAACUGGGGGGCAUCCAGGGGGGGUUUAGGGACGCCAUGGACGUGGUGGCAAAGCUGGCGUUGAAGUACGCCCUGGCGAGCCAGAGGGGGGCGCUGGAGAGCUCCCCUCAAGUCUAGUAUUAGUAUUAUUAUUAUUAUUACUAAUAUUGAAAUGUUCAGUUACCAUGCCUUUAAUAAAUGUAUUGAACGCUUCAUUAUAAAGUUACUGCAUGCAUAACGUGACACAUGCGUCAUUCAA